AUGGGGCGCUACCGCCGUGUCUGCAAUCGCCACAAGAGGCCCGACAAGGGAGGAACGGUCUUCGCGGCUGUCGAUCCGACAGGGGUAUGGAGGUACCCGGCACAGUGUGCACAGGAUGCGACCACUGUGACUGUGGUCACCCCACCUCCGGGCGCGAUGCUCCCCAACAAUACCCUGCUGUACUCGCGGCACGGGGACAUGAACUCCAAGCUCGCAGGCGGCGAUGUUGACGGUGACCUCUGCCAGGUGUCCUUUUGGGAUGGGCUGGUGGAAUUGCUGCGGCAAACCGAGGCCGACGUUGAGGCGCAGGAGUUGAAGCGAGUCGAGGAGGAAGCGCUAUCACGAAUUCCCAAAAGGAGAACGNNGAUUGGAGAGGGAGCACCGGAGGAAGAGUUGCAGAAGUCCCUCCGAGCAGUGCACACUCUGGCCUGCAUGGCACAUCGAGCCAUGGACGCGCCCAAGAAGUUCUCCACGAGGGAGUUCUGGCGCACUAUGCGGGCAGUUGCCGUGGAGCUGGGGGACGGCAUCCGAUCGUCGCAAGUGCUGCACCGACGACUGGCCGUCUCCAGCAUCGCCGACGUACCCGACAAGUCCAACGUCCUGCUGCAGAAACUA